AUGCCUGUACCAAUUUUACCGCCUGCGACAUGGAAUUCCCAUAUGCACUGCUUCGACCCGAAGCGUUACCCUUUUAAAGCAACGCGCGCUUAUACCCCGCAGCCAGCAGUACUGAAAGACCUCAUCCAUAACUCAAAAGCUGAUAACGUGAUGCUUGUACAAGCGACCAUUGAAUAUGGGUAUACAGGCUUAUUGGAACACUUGCAGCAAUGUCGGGACCUGUAUCCCGAUAAGCAUGUCCGCGGGACUAUCUUUUGGGAUCCUGGAAAUCCAGGUUUGAAGAGCCUGACAGAAUCCGAGUUUGAGAAGCUGCAUAACGCAGGGGUUCGAUCUGUUAGAAUUCACGGCUCAUAUGGCGGUUCAGGAGAUGAUAUAUCGUGGGUGAUUCAGCAAUUCCUGGACGUUGCUUCUCGUUGCCCUCUGCGUAAAUACAACUGGAGUAUCUCGGCACAAUUACCGCUCGCGACAUGGUCCGCAAUUGCAGAUACCAUCUCUUCUCAUCCAGACAUCAAAGACAUCCCCAUCAUCGCAGAUCAUAACGGUUCCGCAACGCCAUCUGACAUCAACACCCCCAAAUUUACCUCUCUUCUUCACCUCCUCUCCUCUCCCAACAUGUACAUCAAACUCGGCGCCCUCCACCGGAGAAGCAACCAGAUCUCUCAAAUGGAGCACAUAAUAAAAGCCAUCGCAAACGCGGCUCCUGACUCAAUCCUCUGGGGAAGCGAUUGGCCGCACUGCAACGCUGCUGUCCGAGGACUUACCCCGACGCCUCCUCUUGAAGUAGACACAGACCAGGAGCUUCGACAUUUGAGGGACUGGCUUUCGGAGGAGCAGUGGGAGCGAAUGCUUGUUUCCAACCCCGAACGGAUAUUCGGCACAUGGGGUAGACGCUAG